AUAUGCUUGCUGACAACAGUAUGCCGAUGCUGCCUGUUGCUUUUUCACUUAUGGCCUCCUUCAUGUCAGCUAUCACAAUACUGGGGUGUCAAAGGAGAAUUAUAUGUUUGGUACGCAGUUUAUAGUUAUCAAUAUAUCAUACAUCAUCUCAACUCCUAUUGUGUGCUACUUCUAUCUGCCGGUCUUCUUCAGGCUACAGAAUACCAGUGUUUAUGAGUACUUGGAACGAAGGUUUGGUCUCCUCACUCGAACAACUGCUUCUCUAGCCUUUAGUCUACAAAUGACUCUCUAUAUGGGCAUUGUUCUCUAUGCCCCUGCCUUAGCCCUCUCAGCUGUUACAGGUUGGUGUAGAACUUAUGUAGAGUUGAAUGAGGUUUAA